GUACAUGAGGCUCAAGCUGAGAAGCAAUAUCUUCAGGACUUUGAGUAGAAUACUGCGAAGAUACAGCUGCUAUACAUGUUGUGAAGUCCUGCAAUGAAGUUGCAUCAAUAACUGUAACUGAACCUAAGUGAACUCCAUCUCUGAGGGUGAUAGAAGAGCCAGUAGGAUUUGUUACUAAAGCAGAAGUAACAUUAUCCUAGUGUACAGACGACAAGGUACUUUCUAAUGCUAGACGCUUCACUCUUGAAGUGUCAGGGUGCGAUAACACAAAGGAACCUACAGGGGCAUCCUUGACACGCACUGAUAUAACGCGAGCACUUGUAGGGCCCACAUAUUGGUCACCAAUAUCAACAGCUGCACUCAUUUUAGGUACAGACACAGAACACUUUGAUUCAACUGCAUUAACAGCUGGAACAGUUAGGUGCCUUGUCACCAGAGACUUGUUGACUCGUGGGAGAGGGGACUCUUCAAAGUGUACACGUUUAGUGGUGACAUUUAAGAUAGAUUUAGGGUUAGAUGUAGCAUAAAAAAGUUCAUCCUUAUAAGAAAGUGCCUGAUAUUUAGGAUGAAGAGAAAUAUCAUUUUCUGCAAGUGUAUCAAAGCCUAAAAGAGCAUCACACUGCAAGGAAAAAAUUAGAAACUAUGUGAAAUUUUGCAAGAAAGGUAGAAUCAUGAGGGUGAAAAGAAAUAGGUAGAACACUUCCUAUAACGUGUAAUGGAGAACCUUCAACACCUUUGAAAUCGCGUUGACAUUGUUGAAAGGAAAGCUUAUACAACUGAAACAGUUUGAGAUAUGCACUUUCUGUAAUUAAGCUAACAUCUGCACCUGUAUCCAUACAGACAGAGAUUGGUGUACUGUAGGGUUUCCUUCCCGGGAUCCCGGGAUCCCGGCCAUAAAUGGGUUUUUUUUCCUUCCCGGGAAAUUUACGAAAUCCCGGGAAAUCCCGGGAUACUUUUUUUUUUUUCUCUCUUAUGUCGGCUACAAAAUACGAAAAUGUAUGAGAGAGAGAGAGAGAGAGAGAGAGAGAGAGAGAGAGAGAGAGAGAGAGAGAGAGAGAGAGAGAGAGAGAGAGAGAGAGAGAGAUGCCUGGGUUAGGACUUGGGAGCGAGACAGCGAUGGGUAAAUCAGCUGUGCGAGAACAGUACGUGUCGGACUGUCGGCCCGACACGUACUGUUCUCGUACACUUCUGGCAGUGAGUGAGCUUAGUCUAUUCUGUUCCAUCCCUGUGUAAAGGUGAUUUACUGAAUUACGUAUCUGACUCUACAUAACCAUUAAAAUGGCAGACGAGGCAGAAGCAACAACCAGUACUGAGUCUUAUGCUUGGAAAUAUUUUGAAAAACUUAAAUGUGAAGAAUCAUCGCGAUGUAGAAAGUGUCUUGCAGUUAUAAAGUGCAGAGGAUGGUCUACUAGUGGUAUGAUUCGUCACCUCAAGAGCAAACACUCAAUUGAAAAAACAGAAAAUCUCAAACGUCCUUCAGACAAGUCUCCUCAUAAAGAUGCGAGUGAGGUGAAAAGGAGUUCUGUGCAAAGGAAAAUGACUGGUUUUUUGAAGAAGGAGGAGACGAAAGAAGAAAUCGUUGGGAAGCUAGCUGCAGUAGAUGGAUUUUCCAUAAAUGCCAUCGCCAAGAGUGAGUUCAUAAAGACAUCAAUGCUUGCAAGGGGAUACAAAUUGCCUCAAAGUCCAACUCUUGUUAUGGAUCUUGUACAUAAGCAGUACAACAUUGCAAAAGAAAGGGUGAUAUUUGAUAUUAACAAAAGGAGACAUGUUGGGGUUAGGUUUGGAUUAUCUCUUGAUGAGUAUACUUCACUAAAAAACAAGAGGUACAUGAACAUAAAUUUACAUACUAGUGACACCUUUUGGAAUUUAGGAAUGGUUAGAAUCACAGGUUCACUACCAGCAGAGACUGCUGUUGAGGUAGUUGAGAAUAAGUUAGCCGAUUUUCCGGUAAACUUGGAAAGAGAUGUAGUUGCAUGUGUAACUGAUGGAGCCAGUGUCAUGGUUAAGUUUGGCAAACUGAUUAAGACCUGUCAUCAUAUGUGUUAUGCUCAUGGAAUACAUCUUGCUGUUUGCGAUGUUCUCUACAAGAAAACAAAUGAUAACUUAGUUAGUUUGGAAAGGAGAAAUGUUACCUAUCUCCAAGAAGAGGAAGCAGAUGAUGUGGAAGCUGUGCAAGAGGAAGAAGAGUUCAGUGGUAUGAUUGAGGUGGUAUCAGAUGAGGAUUUGGAAAAUAUUAGGUUAGAGGAUCUGGAAGAUGAUGAAGAAGGGAACAUUGAUUUGUCUGUCACAAUCAACAAAGUCAGAAAAAUUGUGAAGAUGUUCAGGAAAUCACCCACAAGAAAUGAGAAGCUGCAGAGGUAUGUUGUUAGUGAAUAUGGCAAAGAACUGAUGCUAAAGCUCGACUCUAAGACAAGGUGGAACAGCUUGCUAGACAUGCUAGAGCGAUUCCUGAAAGUAAAAAACUCAGUUGCUAAAGUUAUGAUUGACUGUAAUAUGGAAAUGAACAUCACAAAUGGGGAAUUAAAAGUGCUCAAUGACUUAGUAACAGCACUGCAACCAGUAAAACUAGGGGCAGAGAGGAUGGGAUGCAGAGGUACAACUAUUCUUACUGCUGAAGGUGUGUUUUCAUUCAUGUUGAAAGAACUGAAUGAAUAACAGUCAUCAUUUUCGAUGAAACUGCAAAAUUCUCUCAACAACAGAAUAAAUGAAAGGAGGAGUGCGGUUCUCGUAGGCCUUAUGAAAUACCUGCAUUGUGGGAAGGCUUAUAACAACUGUGAGGAAAGAUUAGCAUUACCCCGUAA